UCUCGGAGGCGCUUGAGAAAAGUUUGGGAGGCCGGCGGCUGGCUAUCUAGAGGCCACCCCCGCAGAGGCCUUUCCCCCUCUCCGCAACUUGUGCUGCACUUGGUUCCGCCGAGACCCACGACGGUUCCGCCCCCUUCUUCCUUGUCAUUGAUGUUGUUGUUCUUGUCAGUGCCGCAGCCCCGACCACCGGGAGCCCGAACCCGAGCCGGGGCCGCCCGGGUGGCGCGGUGGCGGCGGCAGCGGCUGCGGCAGCGGCGACGGCUGCGGGGGCUGCUCCGGGGACUGCGGGGGCGGCCGGGGACCGGCGGCCGGCGGCGGGGCCGGAUGGCUCUGUGCGGGCAGGCGGCGGGCGCCGCGUCGCUGCCCAGCGAGCUGAUCGUGCACAUCUUCUCCUUCCUGUCCGCGUCCGACCGGCUGCGGGCCUCGGCCUCCUGCUCGCACUGGCGCGAGUGCCUCUUCUACCCGGCCCUCUGGCCCCAGCUCCGCAUCUGCCUCCGCGUCUCGCCCGCGGAGCAGCCACGGCUCGAAUUCCUCAUGCGCAAGUGCGGCUGGUUCGUGCGAGAGCUGCGCGUUGAAUUCGCCGCGGAGAAUUACCUGAGCGGCGGCGGCGGCCCGGGCGACGGAGGCAGCGCCGACACGGGGACUGGCGGGGAAGAAGUCGAGGCCGUGCAGCUCUCAACCCGGUGGCUGGAAGUGCUGCGCACCUACUUAGAGCUGGUGCUGUGCGUGCUGGUCAGCAUCCGGAACAACAGGAACCUCCAGAAAUUUAGCCUUUUUGGAGACAUAAGCGUUCUACAACAGCAAGGAAGUUUGUCAAAUACAUACCUCAGCAAGGUGGACCCUGAUGGCAAAAAAAUUAAACAAAUUCAGCAGCUGUUUGAAGAAAUACUGAGUAAUAGUAGGCAACUGAAGUGGCUGUCUUGUGGGUUUAUGCUGGAAAUAGUAACCCCCACAUCACUGUCAUCUCUCUCAAACACUAUUGCCAACACCAUGGAGCACCUGAGUUUACUGGACAACAAUAUUCCUGGUAACAGCACCCUUAUCACCGCAGUAGAACUAGAGCGAUUCGUGAAUCUACGCUCGCUUGCCCUGGAUUUCUGUGACUUUACAGCUGAGAUGGCAAGAGUCUUAACCGAUAACAACCAUGUGCCUUUGCAGCGACUUUCUCUCCUGGUCCACAGCGUUUCCGUGAUGCACAAGUCUCUGGACAACAUGCCAAAUGAUGAGCAUUGGAAAGCCUUGUCAAGAAAGAGUACCAACCUUCGGGUCUACAUAAUGGCUUUUGAUAUCAAGAGUGAAGAUAUGUUAAAGAUUCUGAAACCCAGUAUACCACUAGAGAGGAUUCAUUUUGACAGCUAUAUCACUUGUGUUUCAGGAGCUAUUGUUGAUCUUAUAUCUAGGCAGUAUGACAAGUUCCUCACUCAUUUUAUAUUAAUGAAUGAUGUGAUCGACACAUCUGGUUUUCCAGAUCUUAGUGACAACCGAAAUGAAGAUCCGUUGGUUUUAUUAGCAUGGAGGUGCACAAAGCUCUCUCUUCUGGCAAUUCAUGGUUACACAGUGUGGGCACACAACCUCAUUGCCAUUGCUCGUCUUCGUGGCUCUGAUCUAAAAGUACUUGAAGUCACUGAAGAAAGCAUUGAUUUUGACCAAGGUGAACUGGCCGACCAGGAUGUGGAUCCAGUACAUAACCUUAUUGAGCAGGUAUCCCUGGGCCUAGGUCAACCUUGGCAUGCGGUCAUGGACAUCGAAUCACUCAGUGUCUUCACUGAACCAAAUCGUCAUUUUUACAGAGAGAUGCAAAGCUUCAGCGAAGACAUUUAGCUUUUUUUAAAUGUACAAUUCCUGUGGUUACAUAUGCAAGUAGGGUCCUAUUAUGUUUUUUUUUUCAGUAGUGUGAAUUAAUCCCUUUGUGCUGUGUUUAAUCAGUAUUAGCUUUAUAGAAUUAUAUAUGUAUAUUCUACUUCUUGAUCAAAGAACGUAGUCGGGUAUUGGUUUAGAAGUUCAAAGUGACAAUGUAUAGGGCUUUCACGGUUAAUGGACUUGUUACCACACCUUAAGAAUAUACAACCGAAGGUUGUCUGAGGUUGCUGGCUAACUUUAUUUUUCACUGAGUUACUCUGCCUUUUGAUGUUUUUAUUCUUUGUGUGUCAGAGCUCAGGAGCCAAAAUAUUUUUAUACAUAUAUAGAUAUAUAUCCAUAGCCUGGUGGAUUUGUAUGCAAUGUACUGCAUUCAUUCAUUGUGACAGCAUUUCAUUAAUUUUUAUUUGAAAUGGAAGCAGGGAAGACAGUCCGGUCCCAAAUGAGUUACCUUUAACAGAAAAGCCAAGACUUUAUAGCUUUCAUUACAUAUAUAAUAGUUGAUAUCACCAAUUACCAUUCUGAAUUUUGUAUAGUACUAGGUUAGAACAUUGCUUAAUCCUUUUUUAAAUGCAUUUACAUAAACAUGAGUACUCAAAAUGUUGAAUUUUUUUUAACUGUAUCUGACAUAAUUUAAUUCAUCAAUUACAUUGUACGUUCAAGUUAGCUUUUUAGCCCAGAUUUCAAAUAGUGGAGGAAGAAAGAAACAAUAUUCCAGGGUCAAACCUCCUGAAAGAAUAUCAAAACACAGAGUUGUAAACACACAUGCUUACAAACAAACAUUAGUCGUGAAAUCCCUAGCAACAAGUCACUGGAUUUUUCUCUGUCAGCGUGCGUGUCAGCUGCCAAAGAAUAGAUUUAACUGAAGAAGUGCCCACAUGCUGGCAGGGGCCGGCCCACUCUGGCCAGCCAGAUACUGCUAGAUUGUAAUAUUUAAGGUCGAAUUUCGACCUGUGGUACACAGCUGUGCUGUGGCUCAGUCAGCAACCUCAGAACUCUGAAAAAAAAAACAAAACAAACAAAAAAAAAAAACCAUGCACCUGUUUCACUGUGAAUAGUGAAUGUAAAGGAAAGAAAGGAAAAACUGAAAGCUUGUUCUAUCACAGGUAUGAGCUGCUAUGAUACAUGAAGAACAUUCCAUGAAGUAUGUUUUAAAACCUUGUUAUAUCUGAGAGGCUUUAAAAGCCGACUUAACUGUUUCAGGGCAACCGCGGUACAGACGUGGUCUCUGUGAGACUUCCACCUGACCCCAGUUUUAAGUGGUACGAAUGUUGUGCAUUUAAUGUUAAAGGACAGUCUGCAAUAAUAAAGUAAGUAGCCAACGUGGGUGCCCAGCAGUGCUGAGACCUGGCUGCUCUAUUGUAAGCUUUGGAAACACAAUUUAUGCAACAGAUGUCCAGAUAUGAUUCUAUUUAUGGAAAAAGUUUAUAUGUAUUUUACAAAUGGUUUUACCAUCUUAUAUUAAAAUGACCUUUUGACAGGUGUGCACUGUUUUGUCUCCAGUGAGCACAUACCAUGCGGAUUUUAUAUGUACAUCAGUAGUGUGAAUCCACUGGCACAGUGUGUGUAAAUGCCAGAUGUGGUGAGAUUUUAUCUUAUAAAUGUGAUCAGAUAAAAUAACUCCUGACAGAAACUGUAAGGAAACCAGCUGAAUGUUUGACCUGAUGACUGAUGUUGUAUGGUUUAUGUUAAAUGUAUAUUCUUUUAAUCAAUGAAUAAAGCAUUAA